UUCAGUAUGAUUGAAUCAGCCCAGUGUCUAUAAAAACUGUAUAAUAAAGCAGGGGUUACGCAAGUACAUUUGAGGACCCGCACGCGACAAACGUGUGCUUGUGGACUGACAUAAUUACCAUAGAAGAUUUUUAGGCGACAGACGCACUUGGUUUGGGAUACGCGUUUUGAAAUAACAUGGGUAAUUGUCAUACUGUUGGACCAAAUGAGGCCCUUGUUGUUUCAGGGGGUUGCUGUGGCUCCGAUGGGAAGACCUAUGUGGUGGGAGGCUGGUCAUGGGCCUGGUGGCUCAUCACAGACAUCCAGAGGAUGUCUCUGGAGAUAAUGACCAUCCUCUGUCGCUGUGAGAAUAUCGAAACCUUGGAGGGUGUCCCCUUGGAUGUGACAGGGGUGGCUCAGGUGAAGGUGAUGGUAGACAAUGAGCUGCUGGGCUAUGCCUGUGAACAGUUCCUGGGGAAAUCUGUGAUCGAGAUAAAGAGUGUCAUUCUGCAGACCCUGGAGGGUCAUCUACGCUCUAUCCUCGGUACUCUGACGGUAGAGCAGAUCUACCAAGACAGAGACAGGUUUGCUGCUCUUGUGCGGGAGGUGGCAGCGCCUGAUGUGGGCCGCAUGGGCAUCGAGAUCCUCAGCUUCACCAUCAAGGAUGUGUAUGAUAAAGUGGAGUACCUGAGUUCCCUGGGGAAGAGUCAGACGGCCGCAGUACAGAGAGAUGCCGAUAUUGGAGUGGCCGAGGCAGAGAGAGACGCGGGAAUCAGGGAAGCAGAUUGUAAGAAAGAGAUGAUGGACGUCAAGUUCCAAGCAGACACCAAGAUGGCCGAUUCGAAACGAGGGCUGGAGAUGCAGAAGGCUGCUUUCAAUCAAGAAGUCAACACGAAGAAAGCAGAAGCCCAGCUGGCCUAUGAGCUGCAGGCUGCCAAGGAGCAGCAGAAGAUCCGUUUGGAGGAGAUCGAGAUCGAGGUGGUUCAGAGGAAGAAGCAGAUCACCAUCGAGGAGAAGGAGAUUGACCGCACAGAAAAGGAGCUCAUCGCCACAGUCAAGAGGCCGGCUGAGGCUGAGGCCUACAAGAUGCAGCAGCUGGCCGAGGGACAGAAGAUGAAGAAGGUGCUGACUGCCCAGGCAGAGGCAGAGAAGAUCCGUCGUAUCGGUGAGGCAGAGGCCGGUUCCAUAGAGGCUAUAGGGAAGGCUGAGGCUGAGAAGAUGAGGCUGAAGGCUGAGGCCUACCAGCAUUAUGGAGAUGCUGCAAAGACUGCUCUGGUCCUAGAGGCCCUGCCUAAGAUUGCUGCCAAGGUUGCGGCACCCCUGGCCCGGACCAAUGAGAUCGUCAUCCUGAGCGGGGACGGUGGCCGUGUGACCGGCGAGGUGAACCGCCUAUUAGCUGAGCUCCCUGUGUCCGUCAACGCACUCACAGGGGUGGACCUGAUGAAGAUCCCUUUGCUUCAGAAGAUGAUCAACCCUCAAGCAUAAAAACAAUCUUGUGCACCUUGACUCAGUACAUUUCUUUAUGCACUCUUUAAAUCAACUGCCUUCACCUAGAAACACUUGAAAACAAGUAUAUUUUUUCUUUUUACUACAAGAGUCUAGAUGUUUUCAUUUUCCUAAAUCCCUGGUGCCUUAGCUCUAUAGGGCCAGAUCAUCUGUAUGUACCACUGCUUUUUUAUUAAACAUGUUAGUAUUUUUUGUAGUUACCCCAUUCUGUUGUACUAACAUUUCUACAUUGUAGAAAAGGGACAUUCAUCAUGGUUGUUCUGUGCAGGCCUUAUUCUGGUCUUACAGGUCUCGCCAGGUCUUCACCUGGUGUCUUCAUUGUUAUUCUUUUGUUCAUUGUGUUGCUUUGGAUGUGCCUGUGGUUUUGUAUAGUUAUGGAAAGUACUUCAGAUAUUUCGUCUCAAAUUUUACUUUUUUUCAUUCUAAUGUGCAGUCAGUGCCUGGUUACCAACCAAGUGGCUAAACCUCUGGAAAAGUAAUGGUUUGGCAAUUCCAUAGUGUAGUGAUACUACAGUAGACCUCCAUUUACCAUCUCAAUGAGAGAUGUAGAAAUAUUGUCCUCCCCAUCCUCAUGGCAUCUGCCUUGAACGCAGAAACAUUGGCAUUAUAUCUUGUUCUUCAGUAGAAUCUUUCAUUUCAUUCUUCAUCUUAGGUAUGGGAGAGGUGUGCAUUCUUAGGUAGACAACACACAAAAAACAUUAACACAUGUGCAUGGAUCUACAAGUCUGUAUGAAGCCAUAUACUGUCAAAGUUAGCCUUAAUAUAGAGACCCAGGAGUCCUGCUAGCUUUCCUGAUCAUCUGGAUUACCUCAAUCAAUCUAAGCUUUAAUACUUGUUCUUUCCAACUAUUGAGGCAUGAUAUGCAUUUCAGUCUCUUAGGGUAGCCAAUGUUGUGUUAUAUCAUCGUUUGGUUACAUUCUGUUAAAUUCUUUAUAAACUAUUAUGUAACUUAUCUCUACAGUUUACCUGACUAUUUACUUUCACGUUUUUACAGGGUGCUUGCUGCCUAUGAUCUUUUUCUAGGAAUGCAAUGCUGCCACGACCUGUUGACCAUCCAAUCAUGUAUCAGCUUUCUCCACGUAGUUCAUUUUAUGUUGGCUUCAUUUUAUGAAAACUUGUUUUAGCGUUUUAUUACUAUGAAUGGAUGGUGUAAUUUCAGCAGGGUAGAAGCAACUUUCAGAUCAGAAAAUAUACCUUUCGGAUCUAGAAUGUAGGUGGAAGACCAAACAUUGUAUGCCUUUUAACUUGUAUCUUUAUCUAUAGAGUAUCUGUAAUGAAACAUGUUUAAAUUGAUCACCCAUUAUUGAAAUGUAUCUAUUCAGACUCAAUAAAUGUUUGUGUGAAUUCGUCCAUUUUCUAGACUGUUAAAUAAUACUGGAAAACUGGUGUAGCAUGGAUAUUUCAGCAUGUGAACAUCACACUCAUAUCCUCAACUCUGUGGCAAAGUAUUAUGUGCUGCCCUAUAAUAAAUGUCUGCCUCAUA